GCGCUGCGCCCUCGUCUCCUCGCUCGCGCGGAGCCAGAGGCCGCCCAGCCGUGGAGCGCGCUUGGAGAGGCGGAAGUCUCCGCGCGGUUGCUGGCACCGGGCGCGCAACGGGCGGCUCUCCCCGGCACUUCUCCGGGACUUUGCCCGGCGCCAAGGAGCGAGGCAGGAGCCCUCCGGAGUAGCCCCGGAGGAACGGCGGAUCGGGGCGAGACGGCGGCGAUGAGCUCCGCUCGAGGGCUCCUCUGAACCGCGGAGAGCUGGGCGCGCCUCCCUCGGAGCUUCCGGGCAUGCCUGCGGCGGCGGUGGCCGGGCGGUGGUGAGAAGCCUCCGGCGGACGAGUCCGGAUCCCCCCCCCCGGAGCUGGAAAUUGCCAGGAACCGUUGCUGCCUGAACCAAUGGCGUAUACAAUAAGCUCUACACCUUCCGUGCCGGUAGGGCCACAGUAUUGCGUCUGCAAAGUCGAACUCUCUGUGUGUGGCCAAAAUCUUCUGGACAGAGAUGUGACCUCUAAAUCGGACCCCUUCUGUGUCUUAUUUAUGGAAGUCAAUGGGAAAUGGACAGAGAUCGACAGGACAGAGACAGCGGUAAACAACCUCAACCCUGCCUUCUCCAAGAAGUUCAUCAUAGAUUAUCGCUUCGAGGAGGUCCAGAAGCUGAAAUUCGCCUUGUUUGAUCAAGACAAAUCGAGCAUGCAGCUGUACGAACAUGACUUCCUGGGGGAGUUUUCCUGCACAUUAGGAACGAUUGUCUCAAGCAAGAAGAUAACGCGGGCGCUCCUCCUGGGAAAUGGGAAACCAGCCGGAAAAGGAAUGAUAACGAUAGCAGCUCAAGAGCUUUCAGACAACCGGGUCAUCACGCUGAGCAUGGCUGGGAGGAAACUGGAUAAGAAGGACCUGUUUGGAAAAUCAGAUCCGUUUUUGGAGUUUUACAAACCAGGGGAUGAUGGAAAGUGGAUGCUGGUCCAUAGGACAGAGGUGAUCAAAUACACCCUGGACCCUGUGUGGAAGCCGUUCACGGUGCCUUUAAUAUCUCUUUGCGAUGGGGACGUUGAAAAGCAGGUCAAGAUUGUCUGCUACGAUUACGAUAAUGAUGGGGGCCACGACUUCAUUGGGGAAUUCCAAACCUCGGCUGCCAAAAUGUGUGAAUCUCGAGACGGCUUGGCGGUAGAAUUUGAAUGCAUAAACCCCAAAAAGCAGAAGAAGAAACGGAAUUACAAGAACUCGGGCAUCAUCAUUGUGAAGUCCUGCAAAAUCACCAGAGAUUUCUCCUUCCUUGAUUAUAUCCUCGGAGGUUGCCAGUUAAUGUUUACGGUCGGGAUUGACUUCACAGCAUCCAACGGGAAUCCUCGGGACCCCACGUCCUUGCACUACAUCAACCCCAUGGGAACCAACGAAUACCUUUCAGCUCUCUGGGCGGUGGGGCAAAUCAUUCAAGACUAUGACACAGAUAAAAUGUUUCCUGCCUUGGGUUUUGGAGCCCAGCUGCCUCCAGACUGGAAGGUUUCUCAUGAGUUCGCCAUCAACUUCAACCCGACCAACCCAUUUUGCCUCGGUGUAGACGGCAUCGUCCAAGCGUACUCUGCCUGCCUGCCCCACAUACGCUUCUACGGGCCCACCAACUUCUCCCCCAUCAUUAACCACGUGGCGCGGUUUGCAGCACAAGCCACCCAGCAGGAAUGUGCCACCCAAUACUUCAUCCUCUUGAUCCUCACCGACGGCGUCAUCAGCGACAUGGACGAGACGCGCCACGCCGUCGUCCAAGCCUCCAAGCUGCCCAUGUCCAUCAUCAUCGUCGGGGUGGGGAACGCAGACUUCGCCGCCAUGGAGUUUCUCGACGGGGACAACCGCGUGCUCCGGUCGUACACGGGAGAGGAGGCCGUGCGAGAUAUUGUCCAGUUUGUGCCAUUCCGUGAAUUCCGCAGCGCGCCGAAAGAGACGUUGGCCAAAGCCGUGCUGGCCGAGCUCCCUCAACAAGUGACCCAGUACUUCAAGCAUCAGAACCUGCCGCCCAUAAACUCUGAGCCUGCCUAGCGAAGGACCCGGUGCUUUACCUGCACGUACCCUGCCCGCAUACACACACACACCUGUCAAUGACCGGUUUGCAUGUCUCAUGUGAUUUCAGACCGUUUGUACCUUCUAUUUAUAUCAUUUAUUUUAACUUAAAAACAACCACAAAAACAAUACAAUCCAGACCUCCCCCAAAGAUGCAACUUGGAACACCAGAAACCUCUAGUCUAUGCUUAAAAUUAAUCCCCCCCCAAAAAACCCCACCCAGAUGGCCAUGCUGAACAUUUCUCCUCCUUAAAACUUCAAGAAGCAACAUUUAAGUAUGUGAAUGUACUUUGUAUUUUUGUGGAAUGAAAACAUUUUUACAACCAGGAUUCCCCCCCCCAAGCCAUGUGACGCUCUUUCUCGCUCCAUGCCCAAAGAAAAGUGGACAGUUCAUGGAUGUAUCGUAUUCGUAUUUCUCAUGUUCUACGUUCAUUUUUAUACUGUGUACUUGUUUAACAUUUGUUAUACUCAGGUUAAUAAACAAACAUGGACUCUU